AUGGAUAUAUCAAGUUCACAAUACAAUAGUGCUAGUGAAUCUGGUUGGACCCAUUACUUGGACCAAUCCUCUCUCUCUGGAAAUAAUUUCCAGAGGAGAAGUGGGAUGAUAGACUAUGAAGCAACGAUGGAGAAGGAAGAAGAAGAGGAGGAUUUGUCCAUGGUCUCUGAUGCUUCAUCUGGACCUCCACAUUAUCACGAAGAGGAUGAUCAACCCUAUUGUUUAAAUUGGUAUCCUUCUACUUCUCAGUGCACCAAAGAAACAAAAAAGAAGAACAAGGUCCGAGAAUGUGGUAAAAAUCAACACCCUUCCCCUCUUGAUGACACUGCUAGUUCCCCUGUUCUUAAUUUUCCCAAGAAGAAAAACAGUUUCUCAGGGAAUGGAGCAGUGGAUAAUGCACUGGGUUUUUCUCAGUGUUUUUCUGCAACAAAAAUAAAGAGAAAGCCCAAAUUACAGAAGCAGUUCAGUUUCUUUGAGCGCUCUCUUGGUGGAAAACAAGAUUCAGAGGAGCAAGGCAGUGCAGAUCUUGAAGUCUUGAAGUACGUAUAUUAUUCUUGUACUGUAAAUGGAACCAUCGGAUGUUUCCAACUAGGAAAAUUGUUUGUUAGUUCUCUUGUGCGUGAAAACUGUGAAAAUGCAGAUUCAGUCUAA